AAAAUAAAUAAUUUGAAUACAUAAAUUAGUAAAUAUAAAAGUUUUGCAGCGUAAUCGACUGAAAAUCCAUUGUAAAUAGUAGAUGUUUAAUAACCAUUCGUCUCUAGACACGAAAAAGGAAUUGGAGACAUGUCUGAUACUAAUUCUGAUUCACCACGAGGAGAUCUGGUCAAAUUGCCCAGGACUCGCGGCAAUCCGCGUGUUGGUCUCGUUAAUCUGGGCAACACUUGCUAUAUGAAUUGCGCACUUCACGCACUAUCAAUGACUCCUGACUUUAGUAGGCAGCUUUUGCUUUUGGAUAGCCCGUCGAAAAUGAUUGUGCAGAUGCAACGUCUGAUUGCACUGCUUCAUUUUUCAAAAUACUCCAAAAUAAUGCCGACGUCCGUACUAUUUGCUACAAAUCGGGCGAUGUUUACAUCUGGCUUGCAACAGGACUGUUCCGAGUAUUUGGGACAUUUGCUCAAUCUUCUACACGAGCACGAGAAAGUCAUGGGCUGGCUGUGGCCCUCAAAUGCAACUGGCAGUUCAAUUAACUGGGUGGAAUCUUUAGAUUUGCUUUUGCCUUACAGCAAUAAAAUGUCAAUUGCGGACAGAUCGUUCUCUGGUCAGCUGUCCAACAUUUACAAAUGUCUCACUUGCUCCUAUGAGAGUAGCAAUCCGAACAGUUUCCGCGAGCUGCAGCUCGCAUUUCCCGAGGGCAAGAUCAAUCAAAAAUCAAGAAAGCCUAAUUUUACGGUUCAGGGUCUGCUCGAUCUAUACUGUACGCCAGAGAUACUCGAUGGCGAUAAUAAAUACGCAUGCCCCCAGUGCGCUAAACACUGCAAAGGCGAACGUCAGAUUAAAAUCACUGAGGCUCCGUUGAACAUCAUCAUUACUAUCAAACGAUUUAACUACAAUAGAGAAACCCAACUGCGCACAAAGCUAUUGCAUAAGAUCAUCCAUGACGACAUGAUCACGCUCGAUCUAUAUGACAGCCAAACGCUGGAGCAGACAUAUACGAUGCACUAUCGCUUGUAUGCGGCUAUAAUACACGUUGGAUAUACCCUUGACUCGGGGCACUACUAUAUAAUGGCCCGUGAUCAGCAAGAUAAUUGGUUCAAAUUCAACGAUAGCAAAGUGGCUCACGUGAAACCCACAGAAGUUCGCAAUUUACGAUCCCCAAAUUCUGCACACGUUCUUAUGUACCACUUAACUGGCAAAUCGGAUCCGAACACGGAAGCAGCUGAGCCGGUUGUGAUACCAAUACCACCGGUGGCACCGCUCAAAUUGAAUGAACUGCCUACGAGACUUCAUGACUUCGUAAAGCGAAAUAUCGGAAAGUAAUUGAACUGUCGUACCACAGAGCCAUAACGUAUGCAUUUAUUAUAUAA